GAGCAGCCUUCACAGAGACCCACCAGUUCUUGGCAGGAUGGCUUCCCACCGGCUGUUCCUCCUUUGCCUGGCUGGACUGGUAUUUGUGUCUGAGGCGGGCCCUGCGGGUCCAUCCAAGUGUCCUCUGAUGGUCAAAGUCCUGGAUGCCGUCCAAGGCAGUCCUGCUGCGAACGUGGGCGUGAAAGUGUUCAAAAAGGCUGCUGACGAGACCUGGGAGCCCUUUGCUUCUGGGAAAACCAGUGAAUUUGGAGAGCUCCAUGGACUCACAACAGAUGACAAAUUUGUAGAAGGGGUAUACAGAGUGGAAUUAGACACCAAGUCUUACUGGAAGGCACUUGGCAUCUCCCCGUUCCACGAAUAUGCAGAGGUGGUGUUCGCGGCCAACGACUCGGGGCCCCGGCACUACACCAUCGCCGCGCUGCUCAGCCCCUACUCCUACUCCACCACCGCCCUGGUCAGCGGCCCCAAGGAGUGAGGGGCGCCUCCUCCCGCGGAUCCGAAGGAUGAGGGACAGGAUUUCGUGCAACCGAUAGUAUUGCAUUUUUAUUAAAGCCGUGUUUUCACUUCCUAAACUAUGUUAGAAACUCGGGCAGAGACAAUAAAAACAUUCUUAUUAAAGCA